AUGUCGAAUUUGUUCGUUGGCGCCGGCUCUGUAGUAGCUUCAGUUGGUAUACUGACAGCGUUGGUUUUUGUUGGAGGACUCAUGAAAGAUAUUGAUCGUCUGAAUGAUGAUAUUGUUGAACAGAUGCUUCAAUUCAGAGUUAUUACUGAUGACACCUGGAGCAGCAUUGUUCAUUUGCACAAAGACCCUCUGUCAAUGACUUCACUGAAGCAACCUUCCGUAACUACUUUGUUCGGAAUCCGUCAGAAGCGUUCUUCCAGUAAAUGUCACUGUGCUCCUCAAGCUACCCGUUGUCCAGCAGGACCACCAGGACCACCAGGUCCAUCUGGAGUUCCUGGCCAUGAUGGUGAAAACGGAAAAGAUGGUGAUAACGGUGCUCCAGGAGUGUUAGCCGAUAUUGAAGAAUUAAAGGGAGGUUGCAUCCAGUGUCCUAGAGGACCAGAAGGAUUCCCCGGACAACAAGGACCACCAGGACCACCAGGUCGUGAUGGAAACCCAGGAAGCCGUGGUGCCCCAGGAUCUCCAGGAGUCGUUGGACCAACUGGGCAAGCUGGAGACUUGGGACCUAUCGGAGCCCUCGGAAAGCAAGGAGCUAGAGGAGAUGCAGGAGAGCCAGGAACUAAAUAUCUCCCUGGACACAAUGGACGUCAAGGUGAACUUGGACCAAGAGGACCUGUUGGAGAGCCUGGAAAUGAUGGUCGUCCAGCUUCAGAUGGUGGAGCCGGACAACCAGGUUCUCAUGGAAAGCCAGGAACUCCAGGAAAGUGCGGCAAAGACGGUAUUCCUGGAGAACCAGGACGUGACGGAAGACAAGGAGCUGAUGCUGGAUAUUGUCCAUGCCCUCCAAAGCAGAAGAAGCACUAA